AUGGCCAAUGGGACUGAUGGAUGCGAUGGGUCCUCCCGUUUCCGAUCUCAUGGGAACGAUAUUAAGAUCGCUAUCGCAAUCUCUAUGAUACUAAAAGCCGGUGUCCCUAACAAUAAGGUCUAUGGUCCUGCCACAGCCCGACUUCCCAAGUCAGGAGCCAGGCCUGGCGAAUGUACCAAAACUCCAGACUAUAUUGCCAAUGCCGAGAUGAACGAGCGGCUUGACAGUGAUGAUAAGGAAAUUACGACCUACUUCGAUGAAGGGAGUAAAUCAAUGAUCUCUACUCCAAAAAUGGCACCUGGGUCGCUUGUAACAACAGGGAAAACGGGGCUUCCCGUUUAUGGGAGUGGUGUGAAAGUGGCCAUCUCGCUGGAACUGCUCUAUGGGCGAUUGAUCUUACGGAAUUUAUCAGCGGAGAUUAUGAUGGCACAAGUCUACCCAACUAACUGCACGGAAUCCAUUGAUAAUAUGGAUCAUUUGGAGGUAGCAACCGGCAUUGACGACUACUACAUGAAUAUUUAUCUUAUCCAGGCCUUGUCAGGAAACCUUACUACGUCCCUCAGCAAGUAUCAAGAACUUUCGGACGAUAAUUACGACCAGAAGUUUAGCUGGUAUAAGGAGGCGGUUCAAAAAUCUGCCCCCGAAAAUCUACAGUCCUUUUUGAAGGCAAACGACACCCUAUAUUUUGAUUGCGUUCAAGGUGGAGAUACAGAUGACUACAAGAACCAAACAAGCAAAGAUUGUGUUCAUGACAGGUCGCUCCGCAUUUCAGUCGACGUAUCUCUGCGGCACACAUUGAUGAAUUAG